CUCCCUCGGACCCUCCCUCGUUGCCCUUUUUGGACCAACCCGACGCCGUCUGAGCUUGAGACACGGUUUGAGAAGCUCGAAUGGCAAAUUGCAAGCAGGUUGGAAAUUCCACGAAGACACGGACUAAAACUAAUUUCACUCGGUGUCAAUAUUUGUCAUUGACCCAACCGCAAGUCUGGCUGGGGAUACGCUGGAGAGCAUGGAAUGUAUUACGUGUGGGCUGCAGAAUGAGUCCAAACGCAAAGUCUUGCAUGCAUGCACGAAGGGAAGGAAGGAAGAUGAGGAUUUGAGGGAAGACCGUCCCUAGAGAUUCUGUAGAGGAGGCGGAGGAGGAGGAGGGGCAGUGGAAUUUCGGUCGAUGCCUUUCCAAGUUUUGGCAUGUCGUCUUCAGCUGCUGUCUCGUGUGGAGUUUGGAUCGGAUGCAGACUCCAGGCCAGUUAACCGACGACGAUCUGCUUUGAAUCUUUGCAACCGCCACCGUUUCUAGCUCAGACCAGACACACAAGGGGGGGUCACGGUGAUGGAGAAGAAGAUUGCAGCAAACCUCAACAACAUCCCCCCUACAUGCACACACACGAUCUAUUCUAACCGAACGAGGAAUAUCAGAAAUUUGGCAUGUACGUCGGUGCCUUUACACUCCUCGAAGGAAAAGAGGAGAAAAGGGCAUUACAUUACCACUUGCUCGCCCUCCCUCGCCCUCCCUCGAGGGUAAAACUUGGAGAAAGUGUCCUUCUGAAAGUGACAACUCGUAAACAGCAGCAGCGACAAGAAUCGUCGUCAGGCAAGGCAAGGCAACAUCCGGUCCAGAAGCGACUGUGGCUCUUCUUUUUGCUGGGCAUCCGCUUUGUCAGCCAAGUGCGAAACUUGUCUUGCAACGAAGAUAUUAUCGGGAAAUAUUCCGUCUCGCAGGUGAGAUCGAAAGUGCCUGCCCUGCUUCGUUCGAGACGACGACGACGGCCUCCAGAACCGUCCAACAGCCUGCCAUUCCAUCCAAUGCAACUCUCGCUCGAGCUCGCUGAAGAGGACCGUCGAGUUUUGGAAGUUGCAGGUGUGGGGAAAAGGGAAUCGAUCAGUUACUGCAGCCUGCUCAAGUCUUCUCGGUCUUCCAGCACACGAUUGUUUGAUCUUCCAGGCAAUGAGACGACAGAGAUGAAUACGCGUAUGAGUGAUCUACUUACUUUGGGUUUGAUUAUUGUUUACGUAUUUGAUUUAUUUAUUUAUGUAUUCUGCAUCUAGCGAACUCAGUCGUGAGUGACAGUCAAGACUUUCUCGAUACAUUAAGUUCACUUCGGAUGCCUUAUUGGUAUCCACGCAUGAGGCAACUCUUAAAGUGUAUGCCUAUCGCCAUAGCCAAAUUGAAGAAGAAUCGCAGGAGCAUAGUGUAGUGAGUGGUUCAGGAGAUACCACUCCAACAGUCCAUUGGUAGAUUCCAGUCUCGAUGGAAAGAUUGGACAACAAACUUCGUACAUUUCUGCAAAUGCUGGCAGUGAAGAAAGAGCGCAAGGACCCAUUUUGUAGAGUAAUAGGGGCCUUUGGGCCUACGCUCGUUUGAUUUCUUCCAUGUACAACCUUCCAUCUUUUUGGUUACGUUGCUUUGUACUUUUCGUUUAUAGAUAUUAUUCUUGAAUAUUUUCCACCACACUAUGUGACCUUGUAGGAGCGAAGUGGAGAUCUCAGAGUAGUUUAGGGGGCCAUAAUUAGGUUCCCACACAUGGUAGAAUAUUUGUUUGUCCAAUGUGAAGACUGAAUAUUUUAUUCUUAUAGUUGAUCCUGUUCGAUUGGAUAUAUAUUAAAUCAAAGACCAUGAACAGUUUG